UAAAGUGGAAAUUUUCCUUUAAAUUUUCAAAUAUCUCAAACCCACAAGCAGACCACAAAAAAGAAAAACAUGCCUUCCUCUUUGCAACUCCACCGCUCCACCGCCACCACCUUCGGCAGCAGCCACCACCACCACCACCACAAACAACCUCAGCCCUUACCCACCACCACACUCACAAGGUGUUCCCCUCUUCCACGCGGCGUCUCCCUACCUGACGCGGUCUCGUUGUACCACGUACACACCCUUGGACCGAACCAAUGUUGUUCCGCGGUGGUUCAACUUAUCGAAGCCCCAAUCGAGACGGCUUGGUCCUUGGUUCGCAGAUUCGAUAACCCUCAAGCUUACAAAAAUUUCCUCAAGAGUUGCCACGUUAUAGUCGGGGACGGUGACGUGGGAACCCUCCGCAAAGUCCACGUGAUAUCCGGCCUCCCCGCCGCUUCUAGCACAGAGAGGCUUGAGAUCCUUGAUGAUGAACGUCACGUGCUUAGCUUCAGCGUGGUCGGAGGCGAUCAUCGGUUGAGAAAUUAUAAGUCGGUCACCACCUUACACGCUUCUACAGACGGUAAAGGGACGGUUGCCGUUGAGUCGUACGUUGUUGAUGUACCGUCGGGUAAUACUAAAGAAGAUACAUGUACUUUUGUUGAUAUGAUUGUAAGUUGUAACCUUCGAUCUUUGGCUCAAAUGGCCGGAAAUUCGGCCAAAAAAGAAAAAUAUUCAUCAUCCCCAUAAUCAUUCACCAAAAAGAAAAUAUAUUUCUCUUUGUUUCAACAUAUAAUAAUACAUACAUAUAUGUGAAGAAA